AGCGUGCGUGCACUUGGGGUUCUUCUUUUCUAUCUCUUUCGGGAGGAAUGGAAAGCGCCGAAUUUUCUCCAUCAUCAGUAGCAGAAAACACGGCACGUCGAUAGUCUACGACAAUCGACGUCAACGGCUCCGCAGCCCUACCAGUUGCAUUUGUAAAUGCGCGAGCGUUGAUCCCUCCCUAGUCUCAAUUCCUAGCUAACUGUCCGACCGAACCAUUCGAAAAGCAAACCCCAACCAGCCAACCAACCCGGCCGCUGCGCUACUGUGAGAAAAAACAUCUUCGGUGCCGCAAGGUCACGCAGGUUAAUUGCCCUGACAGAAGGCACGUCAAGGCAAGACAUUGUCUGUCACUCCCACGACCACUUACUGUGUGUUCGAUUCCUGGACCACGCCGGAUCAAUUGUUACCGCGCAUCUCGUUGUUCUUGCCUUGGAUACACGUUCUUUUGAUCGUUCGUCCAAGGCCCAGCACAGCGGUUGGUCGACACCAUUUGCCGUCUGUUGAAUCGAGUUUUUGCCGAUCCCAGUUACUCGCCACAUCAUCCCACGCGAACAAGCGAAGACGACGAGACGACCCCCGAGGACGACGACCACGCCGACUUGGCCUUGCCGCGAAAGUCUGCCACUGAACGAAACCUUUGUUUUGUUUUCGGGGAGACUUGAAGCCGGCCUGGCUUUCGGCCCCACGAUAUGCAUUCGGCACACAUAACUCUGGAACUUUCUUCAUAGUCUCGGCCUGCCAGGUCCGCAGCAACGCAGCCAUGAGGAUCGCCAUCCGCGAGCAGCUCGCCCUGCUCGUCGUGUUGGCCACUCUGGUUGCCCUUGCUAUCGUCUCGAUACCUGUCUGGAUAUAUGUUCACCAAUUCAUAAUUGGCGUUCAAGAAAAUGCCCUCAGCUUGACUGCGUCACUCAAAGCUGCUCGCAUAGCCGCCGAGAUCGACCUCCUGCAGACGACAUGCUCUACCAUCGCUUCCCGGGUACUGGUUCAGCGUGCGCUGUUGAACUUUUACAAUGGGUCUUCGUCGCCAAGCUUGUGGGAUGAAGCCAGGAUUGAUGUUGAAAACGCGCUCAACUUACCUGGCCAGCCCGAUCUCUUGCAAGCUCGCAUCUACUCCCGGAACUCGACGGGGUCCUCGUCAACUGGUCUUAUGGCGACCACAUCGACCAUGUUCCACGACAUCAAACUUCCAUACAACAAACCCGAUGGUACUUCUGCAAUGCUGGGCAACGACAGCUACGGCUUCCCGCCUAUGCUUUACCCCAAUAUUACAUACACGGACACGGGCGAGCCGAGUCCCAUCGCUCCCGAUACGAACAUAUUCUUCGCCGAUGCAUUUCCCGGAAUACGCCUGACGCAGGGGCUGUUCCUUGGCCCUCUUGUCAUCAAUGAUACCUACGCCCUGGUCUCGCUCACCGUCGCCGUCCGGGGCAACGCCGACAAGCUUAUUCUCGGCUACAUGACCCUCGUUGCUUCGGCAUCGAAUCUUAUCCUCAUCAGGAACUCCCCCGAGGGGCUCGGCAAUAGUGGGCUGACGCUCUUGUUUGGACCUAAUGAGACGUAUAAUAGGUUCAACUAUACCGACCCUCCGGUGACCAACAGCACUUACAAGAUCCCAGACACUUUCAAAUUUGCCAAGACAAAGAUACACUUCGUACUGCCACCUACGAAGCCAAACGGCACAGCUGACCGACAUCUUAAGCACAGCUUUGACAGCGGUAAUUACAACGAAGAGUUUGAGCUCGGGAGUUAUCCUGCCGUCUUCGAAAGUUUGACAACGUUCAACCGACGGGCUGUCAAUAACGCCAUGGCAAACCUUUGGACGACUAACGAGCAAGGGGUAGACGUGUCGGUUGGUACGGCGCGGCCAAAAUCGCAGUACGUCGACUGGGUGGUUGUGGUGGAGCAAGACAGGGCCGAAGCGCUGCAGGCUAUAACUACUCUGCGAACCAUCUUGCUUGGUUGUGUGUUUGGCGCCGCUGGCCUCAUGUUCCUACUCAUCUUCCCUUGCGCGCACUUUAGUGUGCGACCGAUUCGCGAUCUCAAGAUUGCAACGGAAAAGUCGAUAAUGCCUCCAGGCUAUGACGAUUAUCACGGCGGUACGAGUGAGAACCCCGGUUCUGGGGUCCUUUCAUCACUUUCAGAAAAGGGAUGGCUCGGAGCCAUUAUUAGGAGGACGAGGCAUAAGCUAGGGAUUCCCGCCAGGAGACAGCGGCGGGAAUCUGAUCAGGACGAAAGCCUGACACAGCGUCAAGUGUUCAAGAUUCCUGGAAAGGUUCAGGAUCGCAAACACUACAUAACAGACGAGCUGACAGAGCUCACUACCACUUUCAACGAGAUGACGGAUGAACUUUACAAACAGUACUCGUCCCUUGACGACAAGGUCGCCGAGAGGACGAGGGAGCUUGAGAUCAGUAAAAAGGCCGCAGAGGCGGCCAACGAGAGCAAGACGCUCUUUAUCGCAAACAUUUCACACGAGCUCAAGACGCCUCUCAACGGCAUCAUGGGCAUGUGCGCCGUGUGCAUGGAGGAGACGGACGUUACGCGCAUCAAACAAUCCCUCAAGACGCUCUACAAGUCUGGCGACUUACUGCUGCACCUCCUUGAGGAUCUUUUGAGCUUUUCAAAGAACCAGAUCGGACAUCAGAUCAGCCUGGAAGAGCGAGACUUCCGCUUGGGCGAUAUUCGGCAGCAGCUUUUGUCGAUCUUUGACAAACAGGUUCGCGAGAGCGGCACGCACUUCACGGUGGAGUUUGUGGGUCACGAUAUACUCGACUUUUACCAGUACCCAAUCAGUUCUGAAAGGCAAAGCAUGGAAAAGACAAGACUGCCUGCUCUCGGGCCUGCGGGUGCCGGCAGGUUGAAGGACAUGUGCCUGUGGGGAGAUCAACACAGGAUUCUCCAGGUGAUCAUCAACCUGGUCAGCAACAGCCUGAAGUUCACACCUUCAGGAGGCAAGGUGCAACUAAGGAUACGAUGUGUAGAAGAGAUCGAGCAGAUCAACGCGACCGGCGACAACAGUCGCUCUUCGUCAUUUUCGAAGAGCGGAUCCGCAAGGCCAGGACGCCCACGGCACCGGGUAGGCUCGUCGUCAGCACAAUCGGCAGCCUCAACCAAGGGCGUCUCAACGCCAGGCACGACAGGAACUGCGCUGGCCAUCAACCCGAUGGACCCCAAAACUGUACCACACAUCCAGGUACGCGAGCGGUCCCUGUCGCCGCCUCCACCAGGAGCCAAGGCCUUCCUGUUCGAGUUCGAGGUUGAGGACUCUGGUCCUGGUAUACCAGAGCAUAUGCAAGCCCGUGUGUUUGAGCCUUUUGUACAGGGCGACUUGGGACUUAGCAAGAAGUAUGGAGGCACCGGGCUAGGGCUGAGCAUUUGCCAGCAGCUUGCCACGCUGAUGGGUGGAAACAUUACGCUGAGGAGUACUGUUGGUGUUGGGUCGGUCUUUACGAUGAGGAUACCGCUGAAAUACGUAAAGGACAGACCAUCCAGCACAGCCUCUAGCAGCAUAAAGUCUCGCCCACAGAGCUUGGUCUCUACUGAUGGUGACACCACCAACGUGCGUGUGGUAUCACAUAGCAAGUCUGCUCCAGACGGAAAGCACGCUUCAGUAUUAGACAACAAGCCGCGCCUCGUAGGACUGAGCCAUCCGUUCUUCUCGCCAACCCAAGCGACGGCACCAAAGCUAUCGACAGAAGAUCACAAAGCCAACUUGAACGAAAAGAUUGCCAAGGCAGUCGCGGCAAAAGGCGGCAACAAGCUUCGCGUUCUCGUCGCCGACGACAACUCAACAAAUGUCGAGGUCGUUUCCAAGAUGCUUCGGUUAGAGCACGUCUCUGACGUCACGGUCGCCUCGGACGGGCAGGAAGCCCUAGAGGUGGUGAAGGCUAACAUGGAGAACAACCUCUACUUCGAUCUCAUCUUCAUGGACGUGCAGAUGCCCAACCUGGACGGAUUACAAUCCACGCGGCUGAUCCGGCAGAUGGGCUACAGCGCACCCAUCGUGGCGCUGACAGCCUUCAGCGAGGAGAGCAACGUCAAGGAGUGCAUGGAGAGCGGAAUGAACGAGUUCUUGGCCAAGCCUAUCCGCAGGCCCGCGUUGAAGCAGGUCUUGCGGAAGUUUGCCACCAUUCCUGAGGAGCCCGAAGAUGGCCGGCGGACGACACCACCUACGAGUGCCAAAAACGUCGUUACCGAUUCCCACGGGACCAAGUCAUCAGUACGCACUGAGGUUGCCGAGACGAAACGCGAAGACCUGCCAAACGGCAACGGCAAUGCUGUAGUCGGGCCGGAUAACAACAGCAGCAGCGUCUUGAUCUCCAAGCCUCCAUUACCUCCUAUGAACGGUGCUGCUGUGGCGACGUGAUCACCAUUCGACUGCAUUGUUUGAUUUUUACAUGGAAUCUGCUUCUUCAUGAGCCCUCUGCUUUUUAUUUAUCUCGUCUGUCGUCUGGAUACCCCUAUAAGCAACAUGGCGAACCCCUGAACCCUGGUCGUCUGCGUUUACUGUUUACUUUGAUCAAUCACCUGUCUACUGACUCUAUUAUGGUCUGUGGAAUUCAUGAAUCGCCGUCGCAUUCUUCAUAGCGAAGAAGAAAAAAAAAAGCAACAGAAGAAAAGUGUGUUUUCUGGACCAAAUGGAGUUGCCUAUUGAAACACGGCAAGGUUUGGUAGAGAGAGCGUUUUACUGCCCUGCGCUUCAUAAUAACUGGGAUAUAAGAAGUGUUCCAGGAGCCCUGGGUAACGGAUCUCGUUUGUCUUUGAUAACUUGUUUUUUCUUCACCUCUCGAGGUCAUUUUCUCUUCAUCUCAUCAUAGGCUCGGCAUGUUUCCUGUUGAUAUCACUCUUAUAAGUUUUAUUGCUUCUGUACAUAACUAAGGUCGGAAAAAUGGCAGCUCGAAUUGUUAGUUAAUGCCCAUACACGUAUACAUUAUACUUAUUUUGACUCUUGCCCG